GCGUCCCUCCUCAUCAUUCGCCGGAAUCCGACCAAUGGGCGGCCACGCGUCUGUGGUAGUGCGGCGUCGUCUCGGCUCCGUUCGCGCACUCACAACUCGUUCGUCCGUCGAGCUGAACGUUUCCGCCUGCGAGGACGCGUUCCAUUGCACACCGGGUAGUUCUGCGUGCGCGCCUUUCGACGUUCCGCACACCGAGCCGCCGAAGAGAGGAACGAGCACGGUCCUUUGUUCCGUUCGGCCGUGUUAAACGGUGCCCGUUCGUGCACGUGUCCCGGUUGUUCCGCGGGUGAUACCCGCGAGUCCGUUUCGCGUUCUCGGUUAACGGUGUGUAUCGACGGUGCGCCGUCCCCAGUCCCGCUCGCUAGACGAAUAGCCAUGCGAUUUUCGUGGGUGCUCGUGGCCACGGUGUUCUUCGUUCUUGUCACCGGGGCCAGAUGCAAGAGGAAGUUCGACGGUGAUUUCGAGUUCGCCGAGGAGGAUGACACGCGUAUAAUGAAAGCUGGCGACAAGAAGCGAUGGAUACACGAUCCGAACAGUGAACUUUGUCGCCCGCUGAACUGCAAGAAGAAGGAACUCUGUUUGCUCGAGGACACGUUCACCGCGGUCUGCGUGUCGAAAAAGGAGCUCCACAAGUCCGGGGACAUUGUCAUCCCGAAAUCCCGGGCUGUUCAGCAGAACCGGCGAAUGAGGACGGAAACUUCGGUCGACUCGGAGGACGACGACGCUUUCUUCGAUUCCGAGGACGACGACGAAGAUCAAGAUGAAUCCAAGUGUGAGGAGUGUCCCGUGGUGAAGCCGACGUUCCUCUGUGGCAGCGAUAAUCGCACGUACAGCUCGCCGUGCAGGCUGAAUUAUCACAAUUGCAUUCAUCAUACCUCGGUGCGCAUCGCUUGUAAAGGUUUCUGUCCGUGCAAAGGGGCGGACCUCCGCGCGCACAACAAGAAGAUGCAGCUGCAGCGGCAGAAGUCCCUGGGCAAGAUGUCGAGGAACCGCGACAUCACGCUCACGCCGCGCGACUUCAACUACGCCAAUCACCAUUACCAGUACCUGAAGUACACGAAGCGCGCCAAGGCGCUGGCUGCCGAAAGCAAAUACGACGACAAGCACCUGAUGAGCAACGAAGUUAUGGAGAAAACGCCGUCCCCGUUGAAGUCGACUUACAACUCCCAGUUGUCCCGCAACGCUGAGUGCCCGCCGACGUUCAAGCCGGCAAUGGCGAAUCGUCUGCUGGACUGGUUCUCCGUGGUGAUGUCCGACUCCAAACACCGUCGUCCCCGUCCUAAACCGAAAGGUCACUUCCCCAUCGGUUGCCAGAGCGAGGUCAGGUGGAUGUUCGGACAUUUGGACAGCGACAACGACGGCCGACUCUCCCUUUCCGAGUUGUACGGGCUGGAGCACGAUCAGAACGAGCCGUGUCUGAAACCGUUCCUCGACGGCUGCGACACUGACGGAGACAUCUUCGUGAACGGUCCCGAAUGGUGCGGAUGUUUCUCAAAAGCCGAGCGUCCGUGCGCCGCCGUCCGUAAACGAUUAUCCCCCGACGUGGCGCCCGCCUGCGACUCAAGAGGCUAUUACCGAAGCACCCAAUGCAAUCGUGGCCUCGGUCUUUGCUGGUGCGUCGACCCCCAUGGCGUCGAGUUCGCCGGUACCAGAACACGUGGCAGCAAACCAGACUGCGACACGAUCGUCAACAAGAUCAGCAACGGCGGCCUGAAGACCAACAGCGUGGACCUGGACGACGACGAAGACGGCGGCACGGACUCCGCCCAGGACCUCGAGGGGUCCGCCGAUCAGCCGUUAGACUUCUAGAUUCCGUAGGAUCCAGCCAGCAAACACAACAGCAUAACAAAAACAGCAGCAGCAGCUAACCGGGAGCAGUACCUUGGACGCGAUAUCGAGCGGUCGGACGACGAGGUUGUUCCCUCUCGGCGGACUGGAGGCUCGUCCCGAGUCGUCCGAUCGUCGCAUCGAUCAUCGCCGUUGUGAUUGGAGGUGUCUUCGGUGAAUCAGGGCGGCGGAGGCUGCGAGCGGCGCCGCGUGUGCGUGAGCCUAAAAACAGAGCCAGUUCGAAGAGCAACGAAACGGAAGGGGAAAGAGGGGAAACAGAAGAGCGAACGGAAGAACGAGAGAAGACUUACCAAACGUUCCGGCGCGAGGAGCUCCGCUUCCGAAGAUCCUCGGGGACGGAUCGCGGUCGUUCUUAACCCGCGAUCGUCUUGGAUCCUCGGGAGGAUCGGUCUUGAUCCUUGGCAUAGCUUCGAUCCGACUGAAACGAGCAAAUGAAAGUGUCAACAGAAGCUUUGGCGACCCUUUGUGUCCUGAAUGAUUUGUAUCUUAUUUGUUGUUGUUGUCUUUAUUGAGAUGCUUUGAACACUAGGACUACCGAGCGAAUGAAGAGGAUUAUUUAGAGGUUCUUAUAGAAAUUGGAAUUAUUCUUGGAGUUUGUCGAAUAUAUUUGGUUUCAAAGAGGCUUCUACUGUUCUGUUUGUAAAAGUAUAUCAAUGGAUUUUAAGUUUUGGGAGGAUUCUAAUUUGGAUGAUUGUAAGAGAAAAAUUGUGGAGUUAUUGAGACGUCUGGUAGUUCUACUGUUGAGUAACGCGUACGUUUUAUUCGUUGUUAGGGUAUGCAUGUCAUUUGAAUUAGAUUGCAUUGGAACGGAGAAUUCAGAGACACUCGCGUUCGUGUUUUCUCGGAAACGGUGCGGCGAAGUACAUUCAGGACGCGAAGGGUUGAAUCCAGUCGACUCGGGAAGACGACACAAGUGCCAAACGGGUUAAGAGGGAACGAGGAACUGAACAGUGCAAUAAUUAACACACACAAGUCGUGCAAUAGCAAACCCGUGCAAUGUUUGAUAAUUACCGACGCGAUUGUUAGCUGGACCGCGGAUUCUCGUGCGUCGGCGGCUUCCAAGGGUCUUCUGAAUGCAAUAAAACGGAAAUCUGAAUCGUUCCAUUGUUUCUUGUAAUCGUCGUGUCAGCCCGUCGAAACCUGUUGAGAAAGGGAAUUUCUUUUUUUUCAUUGCAAUUCAUCCGAUCCGCGGUCCACGAUUGACGCGUCGCCUUCGACGAGAACGGCGUAGAUUAUCGGUAGACAGCGGAUCUUCGUGCGAAAGAGAUAUUUCUAAAGAAACAAAGAAUCUAAAGGAACAAAGGUUGAACGAGACCGAAUAUCUUCCCUUAAGGAUCUUAAUCGGUUGAAACUAAAGUGACAGCAUCCUUGAAUCCUCGCGAACGUUACUUUAUAUUCUAUAUGCACUCAGUUUGUUAAUACGUAAUAAUGCAUAAAAUCCGCCGUCUAAUUGUCACAGACGGAAAGUGGGAAUAUGACCUUUAGCCUGUGUGCCCCUCGAGGUACCUCCAUGCACAACUCGUCUACAAAUAAUACAAUUAUACACUGUUUACGCGUAUAGGGGAAAAUAGGGAGAAAGACAGCGAGAAUAAAAGAGAGAGAGAGAGAAAGAGAGAAAGAGAGAGAGAGAGAGAGUGACAAAAGAAAGACACUUACGGGAGGGGUGAGUGUCAGAAGGGAGAAAUUGAAAGCUCAUCCUCCAUCGGGUAGAAAUUUCAUGUCCAUUCCACACGACGCGUAGGUGUAAACGAUACCUUUAAGGAGACAGAUGCAACAGAUAAAGUUUAACAAAGAUAAAGAGAAAAU